CAAGCUGCGUGCCUCCUAAUAUCUGCCUUAUUUCAAGAGUUUCGUGAAAAGCCAGGUCGCCGAGGCGCUAUUAAAAAAAGACCUGCGGAUUGAUCCGCGCGAUAUUUUUGGGUAAAUACAAUCACGUGAGCGCGGGGAGCCAAUGGCCAACUGGGAAAGGCUGAAAAAAUAAUUACCUGCCCUGAUUGUUCUAUGAGAAGAUAAAAAGUACACAUACAGUUCAUACAAUAAUCUUAUGAAUGUAAAAGAGGGGGGAAGGAUGUCCGCUUCGGGCCCCAUAAGCAACUAUUAUGUAGAUUCCUUGAUAAGUCAUGAGAACGACGAGCUCUUGGCGUCCAGGUUCCCCGCCACUGGCUCGCACCCCGCGGCCGCCAGACCUUCAGGAUUGGUACCGGACUGUGCCGACUUUCCGUCCUGCAGUUUCGCCCCUAAACCGGCCGUGUUUACUACUUCCUGGGCUCCCGUGCAUUCUCAGUCGUCCGUGGUUUACCAUCCGUAUACGCACCAGCCGCACAUAGGGGCUGACACCAGGUAUAUGCGCACUUGGCUAGAGCCCAUCUCCGGCGCUGUGUCUUUCCCAGGCUUCCCACCCAGCAGCAGGCAUUACGGACUCAAGCCGGACGCUUUCCCCGGCCGGAGGGCGGAAUGUGGCCCGAUGGACGGGCGAGGUUAUCCGGAUUAUAUGUACGGAUCCCCGGGUGACCUGAGAGACAGAACACCGCAGACAAUUCCAUCCCCGGAAUCUGAAACCAUCGCUUCCAGCAAACACAAAGAAGAAAAGAACGAAUUAGACCCUAGCAACCCCGUCGCGAAUUGGAUUCAUGCACGCUCCACAAGGAAGAAAAGAUGCCCCUACACAAAAUAUCAGACCCUGGAACUGGAAAAAGAGUUUUUAUUCAAUAUGUACCUCACGCGAGACCGGAGAUACGAAGUAGCCAGGGUCCUCAACCUCACUGAACGCCAAGUCAAAAUCUGGUUUCAAAACAGGAGAAUGAAAAUGAAGAAAAUGAAUAAAGAGAAAACCGAUAAGGAACAGCAAUAAAGUUGGCAGAGUCCAAUAAGUGCAAGAGAAACGAGGGUGAGAGAGAGAGAGAGAGAGAGAAAGCAAGAAAGCAAGCAAGCAAGAAAGCAAGCAAGCAAGAAAGAAAGCAAGAAAGACAGAAGAAAAAAAGCUGUUUCUUUGGUCCGAAAUGUUUCUGACUUUGAAUGUGCUGAUGAGUGUUUAGAAUUAGGCAAACACAGCAAAACCCGUUGGACGCACCCUGCUUUUAUAAAGAUGCAGCUCAGUAAUAAAACCAGAGGUCGUUUUUAGUUUGGGGGUUUGUUUUGGGGUGGGUUUUUUUUUGGUUCGGUUUUGUCCUUUUUGAGAAAACAAGCAAAAAAAAAAGUACUUGAAUUUUUUUUUAAUUUAGUAUUUUAUUCCGUAACUUAAAACUUCUCCAGUG